AUGACAACACCGAGCCCGCAGGAAAUUGUCCGUUUUAAUCCGCAGGAAACCUCGGAGUUAAAACUCGCCGCGACAGGGCUGAUACGCUUGUAUCAAAAAUUCAUCUCAAGCCAAGACGGUCCGACUUGCAGUUUCUCUCCGAGCUGCUCGCGUUUUGGCAUGGCAUGUAUACAAGAAUACGGUGUGUUGCGAGGCGUGCUACUGACUGCUGAUAGAUUGCUCCGGUGCAACGGUUCACAAUCAAGGCAUUAUCAUAAAGAUAAUGUGACGGGUAAAUACAUUGAUCCAGUUUCAGACUAUGCAGUGUUGAAGUAA